AUGAAGUUCUUGACAGCAGUGGCACUGCUAUAUGCAGUUUUCACUGCCGCAAUUGCCACCAACUGCACUGUCUGUCUCAACGGCCACUGCCACGCCUUAUCCAGCUUUUAUGGAGGCAUCAACAAGCUCUCCACCGGUCACAUGGCCAUCGAUUUCAACUCCAACAUCCUCUACCAUUACAACGAAGGCAUCAACGCCAUCAACUUGGACACUAACACCAUGGCAGCUGUACCAAUGCAAGGUAAAGGAAACUACUUAGGCGUAGACCAAGACACUGGGGAUUUGUAUUAUUACAAGAACGCUAAUUUCAACAACACUAUCAACAAAUAUCAUCCUAAAACUGGACUAACUGAAGUUAUUAACGUCCCGAUUGAGAAUAAUCCGCCUCCUUUAAACGUAUUGGUACAUAAUGGGUCUUUAUAUUUCAACACACAUCGUGAAUCCGGAUACGAUGUUGCAAGUGGAUUGAACAUCUUAAAAGGAUCUGUGAUUGAAAGAAUACCUGCUUUAGAAAACUUCACUGUUAAUAACAUAGUGAUUGACAAAAAUGGAAUUAUGUAUAUCAAGUCUGGUCCAGAGAUCUAUAGACUGAAGCCAAACACGAAUGAAGCCGUUUUGUUCAUACGAGCGAAAUACUUGAUAAAUGGAGAUAGGAAUGGUGAAGUAUAUUUCUUUGAACCAACAAAAAGAUUCAUCUAUAAAGUAAAUGCAGAUGAGGAUGAUUUGAUCAACAUCGGAGCAUAUGACGCUUCUAGGGAUGGACGCAAGCGACCAAAUCUAAAGGAGUUCAUCUUUGACAAGAACGGCAAUCUAAUUUUCAAAGACAAAUGGUCGACUUUGUACUAUAAGUCUUAUGCAGCAAGGUGCACUUUCACAUUUGAGGGAAACACAGGUCGUACUAGAAUAACUAAACUGUAAACAGGUGA